AUGCUUGCGCCGGCGAACGCGACUGCGCCGUCUCCCACUACUCCCUCCUCGGCAUACCCGGACACCGCGACCGACGACGACGUGCCUCUCGCGCGGCAGAUCCCGACUGCUCUCAAGGCGCAGCGCACAAUUCGGCGCCAGGUCCGCGAUGAGCUCGACCAGAAGCGGGAAGAGCGGCGCGCACAGCGAGCGCAACAGGCUCUCAUUACCCAACAGCAGCAGCAGCAGCAGCCCCAAUCGCGUGUGCCGUCGUCCACGAUCAACGCCGCGUUCGCUGCGCCUGCGCCGCCCUUGGCGACGGGAAGUUCGCCCCCGAGGGCCACUGCGCGGCCAAGGACGAAGACGCUGCCGAGCACGAUGGGCAGCCCGUUCUCCGUUGGAGACCUCACGAAGAAGCUGCUCGGAUUGCAGGGUGCCUCGAGUGCGGCGCCAGCUUCCCCAGGGCCGGUGUCCCCCAUGUACCCGCAGUCGAAGCGCCCCUCGCUAGACCGUGAGCCGCAGCAGCCGUACGGGUCUGCAUCAGCGGGACCGUCCCUUCGUGGACGGACGAACACCAUGGACGCGAACACCUACCAGAGCGCGUCCAGACAGGCGUCCCGUCCCCCAGCUCCAGAGGCAUCGCGCGGUCUGCGCCCCAUGCGCUCCUUCCACCGCCCGCGCGCCGGCGACGCCGACGCGAUGCUCUCGAUGCCCCCUAUGCCGCUCCCCGAGCGCACUUCUGCAUCCGAACUGCAGCGCCGCGCGACCGGGACAAGCCGCCACCGGCCCGACGAGCCCCCCGCGUUCCUCGCAACCGCACCCCCAGCACCAGUCCCUGUACCGUCCUCGUCCGUCCUCGACCGUGCGCGCUCUGUGCGCUCCGGGAAGUCGUCGCGGCGCCCGAGCGCCGAGCGUCGGUCCGAGCCCGAGGGCCCCUCCCCGGUUUCACGCGCACGCGCAGCGACGCUGAGCUCGCAGGCGCACCCCGCGCCCGCGCCCGCACAGCCGCCCGCUUCGACAUUCUCGCAGCCGGGGAAGGCAGGGGGCCAGAUGAUGUGGCAGCAGCGGGUGUUCAUCGGGAACAUGCAGCGCUUCUGCCAGGUCGAGAUCGGGAGCGGGACGGGCGCGGGGGACGUGCUCGCGAUGGUCGACGCGCAGGGCGCGCUCGAGCAGGGCGCGGGGAGCGGCGGGUGGAUGUUGUGGGAGGUUUCGCAGGACUUUGGCAUGGAACGGCCGAUCCGGAGCUUCGAGCUGCUGAGCGACGUGUGUGGGUCGUGGAACACGGACAAGACGGUCAACUUCCUCGUGAUCAAGAAGACGCUGCUCGCGCCGCUGCUGAGCCCCAAGGCGAUGCCGUCCGCGUCGCCGAAGUGCUCCGGGUACGUGCAGUUCGAGUAUAAGCGCGGCAAGUGGCAGAAGCGGUGGAUGGAGCUCAGAGAGCAUAGUCUGUGGCUCUCCAAGCGCGAUACCGGCAAGGAUGCGACCUUCCUGUGCUCGCUGAACAACUUCGACGCGUACUACGUGACGCGUGUGCACAAGGCGCCGAAGCCGUACGUGUUUUCGGUCAAGUCCACCGACAGCCUCGCGUUCUUCGAGAGCACGGCCGACUACGUGCAUGUUUUCUCCUGCGGAGAAAGCGAAGGCAAGAACUGGCUGGAGAAAAUUCUUCUUGCUCGCUCGUACGUGCUCUACCAGGAGCGCAAUGUCCUCUCGUCCACGACUGCCCCGGGCUCUGCUCCCGGCGCUACCGCCGGCGGCCUCCAGCGCGCAAGCACUCGCAAACCCGGCCAGCGGCCUGCGCAACCCCUUAUGACCGUCGGUCCGCCCAAAGCCGACCCAAUGACCGUCCCCACCGGUUUCGAGCCCGCCGCCGGCUCCCUCCUCGCACGCCGGCACUAG